GCUCAUGGGAUUCUAAGAAAGAUAAGAGAUGAACUGGACCAAAAAGGAAGAAAAGAAAAAUGGGCUUUCAAAUCCUCUUCUAGAUUAACUCCCCCCCUCUCCUCUCUCCAAAUAUUCCUUUUGUACUCGCAUACAAUGUGCUUCCGACGUUUCUUUCUGUCCUUCUUUUUAUUGGCCUUCCGUUUCGAGGUUUCGAUCUCAAGCUCUAGUAGCCUGGCAUGCAAUUCAAAUGACCUUAAAGCAUUGACUGGUUUAUCCAAUUGCUUAGGAUCGGUGGUUGUUGGGUGGAACAGCGUGGUCUCUCCUGAUUGCUGCAAUUGGACUGGUGUCACUUGUGAUAGUUCCACUGGUUCUGGCAGAAGGGUAGUUGGCUUGGAACUUGUUAGCAGAAAACUCACGGGGAAGAUCUGUGAAUCCUUGGCAGACCUUGAUCAGUUGAGAUUUCUAAACCUCUCUGAUAAUCUUCUAAGCGGUUCACUUCCUGAUGAUUUGUUUAGACUGCAAAACUUAGAGAUCAUAGACAUAAGCUCUAAUGAAUUUGUUGGUCCUAUCAACGGAGGCAUGUGUGCAUCAUCUUCUUCUAUUCGAGUGCUUAACUUCUCUGACAACCAUUUUACUGGGGGAAUUCCAAAAGAUUUGGCAAAUUGUACCUCUCUUCAUCAUCUCUCCUUUCAUGGGAAUUAUUUAUCAGGAAGUUUGCCUGAUGGUGUCUUCCAGCUGCAGAAUCUUUGUGAACUGCAUAUUCAGGAUAAUAGUUUCUCCGGGCCGCUGAAGAAUGGAGUUGCUAACCUUUCCAACCUUGAGAAACUGGAUAUUUCCUCUAAUUUGUUUUCUGGAAUUCUUCCAGAUGCUUUUGGGAGCCUUACAAGACUUGAGCAGUUCUCAGCCUCCUCAAAUAAAUUCAUGGGUCGUUUGCCUAUUUCUGUUGUGAACUCGCCGUCACUUCAAAUGCUCAUCUUGAACAACAACUCUCUAAGUGGUCCAAUCAAUCUCAAUUGUUCUGCAAUGAAAAAUCUGGUCUUCCUCAAUCUUGGUUCUAAUCUGUUCCACGGUCCAAUUCCUGAUGGUCUAUCCUUCUGCCGUAGAUUGGCUGCUCUUAAUCUUGCCCAUAACAACCUACAUGGUAAACUUCCCAAUAAUUUCAAGAAUCUUGACGCUCUAGCAUAUCUCUCUCUCUCAAACAACAGUCUUGAAAAUAUAUCCUCAGCUCUUGAGAUUCUGCAACACUGCAAGAACCUAAGUACGCUGCUCCUUACGUUGAACUUUUAUGACGAAGAAGUGGCUGAUAGUUGGAAUCUACAAUUCCAGAACCUCAGGGGUCUAGUUCUUGCCAAAUGUAAUCUUAGAGGUUCAAUCCCACAAUGGUUGAGAAGUUGCACUAAGUUGCAGCUCUUGGAUUUAUCGUGGAAUCGUUUGGGUGGAAGCAUUCCAUCCUGGUUUGGAAAGUUUGAGUCCCUGUUUUACUUGGAUUUGUCAGAUAACUCUCUCAAUGGGGAGAUACCAAUGAUCUUGACACAAUUAAAGAGCCUCAGAAGCGGGAACAUCUCAUUAGAAGAAGAGCCUUUCUCAAGAGCCUUUCAGCUUUACUACUACACUCGUGGACAAGGUGGGCAAAGGUUGGGCUAUAAGCAGAUUUCUAGCUUUCGACCAACUUUAGACCUAAGCAACAACAUGCUCGAGGGACCAAUCUGCCCAUGUUUUGGAGAUCUGAAGGAGUUGCAUGUUUUGAUGCUGAAAGAGAAUAAUCUAUCGGGAACUAUUCCAGGGAGUUUAUCAACAAUGAGAAACUUGGAGAUUUUGGAUUUGUCUCAUAAUAAACUGUCAGGAGAAAUACCUCAUUCUCUAUUAAAACUCAGCUUUCUGUCGAAUUUUGAUAUAUCAUAUAAUCAGCUGUGUGGGGAAGUCCCAAAAGGAGGUCAGUUCGAUACAUUCCCAGAUAGAAGCUUUGACGAAAACAACGGGCUGUGUCGUGUGGGCUGUACUUGUGAAUCUGAACAAACUCCGAUUCAUUCUUCGAGAGAGAAAGAGAUGACAAUCUUUGGCUGGCAGUUUGGAGUCGGAGCUGCAAGUGGUUUUGUUCUUACUGUCAUCUGUUGCUACAUGUCCGGAUGGAUGCUUCCGAGGCCGCGAAAAAGAAAGAAGGCAGCCGAGUUUUCUUCGAUAGAUUGACAGGAUUGCCUUUGUUCACUUCAUGCGAAUAUCAAUUUGUGCAGAAAGAAGGCAAGUACGACAAAUCAUCGACUUUCAAGAUUGUAGUAGAAAACCAAUAAAGCGAGUUAGUUAUUUAAGAGAACUGGAGGAAAAGGAAAGGAACAGGCUUUAUGUUCAUAUUAUUAUUAUUAUUGUUCACCAAACUGCUGUUAUUUUUUAUGAAAAAUAUUUUAACUAAGAAAGAUUAUUUGCAUUUUUUUUUUCUCUUUUUUAUUUAGCUUGAGCUCUGUUUUACCUCUGCAUAAUUGAUCAAUAUGAUCUUAACUAUUUGUAUGAUUUUGCAGUCACAAAUAAUAUGUUGUUACUGAGUUGGGUUUUGCA